UGAUUGGCCUGCUGGAGCAGCCAAUCAGGCUGCAGGCAGAAGUCAAUCCACAAUAUAAUUGGCCCACAGGUGUAGCCCUGAAGUAGCCAAUCACGCAAGGCCCAUUGUGUAAAUAAUGUAUAUAAGUAGAUGGUUUUGGGAAAAGAGCCAUUCUUCUUCUCCUCUUCUCCUUGAUGACUAUGAGCUGAAUAAAGAGCAUGAAAUUCACUCUCGACUCCGAGUACAUUUCACUGGCGACGAGGAUGGGAUCCUGCUGAGCUGACCGCCACCACGCACUGCACCGCAGCACCGCCACCUGCUGCACCGCUGCAUCGCACCGUUCAUCCAGGCUUCAGCUCCAGGACCCAAGGAACCCAGAAUGGCAACCGACAGCAGCUUCUCGCCAUUCAAACCAGCAUCAGGAGACUGGGAAGGGUACGCCGCCCGUUUCAACUUCCUCCUGCAAGCGAAAGAAGUCACCAACGAUGCCAUGAAGAGGGCGACAUUCUUCAGCGUCUGUGGAGAGGAGACGUUUGAAAUCGCCCGGGCUCUCCUUGCACCUAGAGAUGUCGCUACCGUCUCUUACAAAACAAUAAUGGAACGGCUGAAGGAGCACUUCUCACCACAGCCCUCGGUGGUAGCUUGCCGAAAUGCCUUCUACGCAAAGCGGCAAGCCCCGGGGGAAACCAUAACUGGGUUUGUGACCUCCCUCCGCCAAGCCGCCCGGCUAUGCAACUUCUCAGAGUUGGAGAACAUGCUUCGUGACCGCCUCGUUGGUGGCCUGAGGGACGAGAUGUUGCAACGACGCCUCUACGCCAAAAAAGACCUCACGUUCCAGAUUGCUCUGGAGGAAGCCCUGGCAACCGAAGCCGCCGAGAGGUCAACGCAAGAGGCACGACCGGCCCAGCCAUCCCAACCGAGGGUCUACCACGAAGACCUCACCGACGAAUCCGAAUCUGACAGGGAGGAAGUACACCGAGUACAGCGGCGCACUCAAGCAGCACACACACCACAGCAGCCUCGACGAGAAGGAGGGAACUGUGCAAGCUGCGGGGAGAACCACGAGAGGAGGACCUGUCGUUUCCGCAACGCAGAGUGCAGGCAGUGCAGAAAAGUGGGACACAUCACCCGGGUGUGUCGGGCUCGACUCACCCGUCGACAAGCAUCAGAUGACCGACCCAGGAGCCCCAGGUCACACGGCACCAUGCACCAAGGCAACUCGACGGAGAUCACGGACUACCAGGUAUUCCAGUUGCCCCAUCCCAGCACAGAGAAAAUUUAUAUAGAGGUACAGAUAGAGGGAGCCCCAUGCCGCAUGGAGCUGGACACGGGUUCAACUCUAUCCAUAAUCUCGGCCCGAACAUUAAGGGAACUGUGCCCUAAUGGGGGUCCCAAACUAAGGCCGGCCCCAUUCACCCUCCGGGACUUCCAGAAACGUAAGGUCCCUACAAUGGGGGUGGGGACCUUCAGGGUGCAAUAUCGAGGGCGAAAGCAACAAUUGGACUUGCUGGUAGUUAAGGGCCCCUACGUUAGCUUACUGGGACUGGCAUGGUUUGGACCUCUGGGGCUAGCCGUUACCGGGGUGAACCGCACUAGCUUACAAGUGGACGUGGACGCCAUAUGCAAAGAGUUUCCAGGGGUUUUCGAUGGGGCAUUGGGACGAUAUACAGGACCCCCCAUUGCCCUACAGCUAGACCCCGCUGUACGACCCAUCAGGCACAAGGCCCGCCGGGUCCCGUUCGCCCUGAAACCCCGCAUAGACGAGGAAUUGGACCGGCUUGUGGAGCAAGGAGUGCUGGAGCCGGUGCCCAACGCCCCCUGGGAAACUCCAAUUGUCACACCCGUCAAGCCUAACGGUUCGGUCCGCAUCUGUGCAGACUACAAAUGCACCAUAAACAAGGCUCUCACGGCCCAUGCAUACCCAGUGCCAGUGGUCAGCCAUGUCCUCGCCACCCUGGCUGGGUCAAAAAUCUUUGGCAAACUGGACUUGGCCCAAGCGUAUCAACAGUUGCCUGUGGACGAAGCCACAGCAGAGGCUCAGACGAUUGUGACGCACAGAGGGGCAUUCAGAGUAAAGCGGCUGCAAUUUGGCGUUAGCGUGGCACCAGGCAUAUUCCAGAAUCUAAUGGACUCUCUCCUUAAAGAGAUUCCUGGCGUCACCCCCUUCUUCGAUGAUGUACUGAUCGCCGGGCCCACACCAGAGGAAUUUGAGGACCGCCUCCGCUCCGUCCUGCACCGUUUCCAGAUGGCGGGCCUCAAGGUGAAGCGGGAAAAGUGUUUACUGGGAGUGCCGCAGGUGGACUUUCUGGGAUUUAAGGUGGACGCAGAAGGGGUCCAUCCAACCGGUGACAAGGUACGGGCCAUUUGUGAGGCCCCAGCGCCCAAGAGCAAGCCCGAACUUCAGUCAUUCUUGGGACUAUUGAACUUUUACCAUGCCUUCCUUCCCCAUAAGGCAGCGGUAGCGGAGCCCCUACACAGACUCCUAGAUAAAAGGGCCCCUUGGGUGUGGGGCCAGCGACAAAGGGCCGCAUUCCAGGCAGUCAAGGACUUGCUCGUCUCGAACUCGGUCUUGGCACACUUCGACGAGAGGCUGCCAGUGGUGCUGGCAUGCGACGCCUCUCCCUAUGGCAUCGGCGCUGUCCUGGGACACCAACUCCCGGAUGGAAGAGAGGUGCCGGUGGCAUACUUCUCCCAGACGCUUGCUGCAGCCGAACGAAACUACUCACAGAUUGACAAGGAGGGUCUGGCAAUCGUGAAGGGCGUAAAAAAAUUCCAUGAUUUCUUGUACGGGCGGCCCUUUACCAUAGUGACUGACCACAAGCCGUUGCUUGGCCUGUUUGCCCCCGAGAAGCAGACCCCCCAAGUGUUGUCUCCACGUGUCCUCAGGUGGUCAAUUUUCCUUGCCGGCUACCAGUAUGCACUAAUCCACCGCCCUGGGAAGGCGAUGGGCCACGCAGACGCCCUCAGCAGGCUACCACUACCAGAAACAGGCCCCGACCCAGCGCCUGCGCAAGAGGUUAUGACCCUGGAGCUGCUUCCCGACCGACCCAUUCAGGCACAAGAAGUUGCGCACCAUUCCACAAAAGAUAGGGUCAUCUCCCGGGUCCUGGACUGGGUGUGGCGAGGAUGGCCCAGCAGCAGCCCCGGGCCAGAAUUCGCUGGCUACACAAACCGCAAACAUGAACUGUCGGCCCACAAGGGGUGCCUGUUAUGGGGAAGCAGGGUUGUUGUUCCCCAGCCCCUCCGCAAAAGGGUCCUCACAGCCCUACAUGAGACACACCCAGGGGUAGUGAGGAUGAAGGCCCUUGCCAGGAGUUAUGUGUGGUGGCCAGGGAUUGACAGAGAGAUAGAGGCCUGGGUACAACACUGCCAGACCUGCCAAGAAUCCCGCCCGGAUCCCCCAAGGGCCCCAGUCCAGCCCUGGGAGUCCGCCCGACAUCCAUGGUCACGCUUGCACGUGGACUUCGCUGGCCCCUUCCAGGGAAAAACAUUCUUCAUAGUGGUGGAUUCCUACACCAAAUGGCUGGAGGUCGCACUGGUACCGUCCACUUCUACGGCGGCAGCCAUCCGGGUACUACGUAAGCUUUUUGCAACCCACGGGCUCCCUGACACCCUCGUCUCGGACAAUGGAACCGCAUUCACGUCAGAGGAGUUCCAGACCUUCACAGCGCAGAACGCCAUCCGCCACAUCCGCUCAGCACCAUUCCACCCUGCCACCAAUGGCCAAGCGGAGCGCAUGGUGCGGACCACCAAGGACAGCCUCCACCGCAUGACACAAGGGGACUGGGAAUACCGCCUUGCCGCAUUUCUUCUAGCACAGCACAGCACCCCAAGCACAACGACGGGCCGGAGCCCAGCUGAACUACUAAUGGGCCGGCGCCUUGCAACUAGACUGGACCGACUUCACCCCGACAGAGCUCAGGAUGAGGUAGUGGUGGGGAAAGGCAGGAACCCCCGGACAUUUGUGGCCCAGGACGCAGUGUACGCAAAGAAUUUUGGGGCAGGCCCAGCAUGGGUACCCGCCACAGUCACCAAGGUGACCGGUCCCGUGUCGUACGAGGUACUAACGGAAGGGGGGCAAUGUUGGCGCCGCCACUGCGACCAGCUACGGCGACGAUUCCCAGGAGGAACCCGGGAGGAGAGCGGGACAGAGGGGUCCCAAGGGGACAGCAGGGCAGUGAGGCCUGUA